CCGUGAAUUUAAAUCGAAUUUCGACUUUAUUCAGUCAUCGUUGCGUGAUCCCCCAGCUAUUAUCGAACAUUGCUCUCAGCAUCAAAAUAGAUUAGAGCAGAUCAUCCAUUACCAGAUCAGACAUCCUCGAGGCUUGUGAUCCUUAAUGGCCGGCGGAGUGAGUGAAAGGCAUCUCAUGAAGAUCGCGGAGGCUUUCAAGGAGCUCGCGGCGGCUGUUAAUUCACAGACUGCCGACAUAGAAGUGGCACCCUUCUCUAAGGCAUGCUCUCUGGUUUCGCCUCUCUUUGGCUGUUUGGGGAUUGCCUUCAAGUUCGCCGAGAUGGACUACGUCGCCAAGGUUGAUGAUAUUGGAAGAGCGUCGAGUUCAAUUUUUACAUUACCAGCUAUGCUUGAUAAAGAUAUAAAAGAGAACAAUUUGAGGAAAGCUGGUAGUCAUUCAAGAAACUUGUUAAGAGUGAAGCGUGGGCUUGACAUGGUCAGGGUGCUGUUUGAGAAAAUUCUAGCUACAGACAGGGGAACUUCCCUGAAGGAUCCAGCUUCCACGGCUUAUGCCCAGGUCUUUGCGCCCCACCAUGGAUGGGUCAUCAGGAAAGCGGUUGCUGCAGGAAUGUAUGCCCUUCCUACGAGAGCUCAACUAAUGAAGGAGCUCAAUGAAGAUGAGGACUCCGCCAGGAUUGAAAUGGAAACUUACAUCAUUACUUCUGCUCCGGUCAUCACAUACAUUGACAAACUCUUCCUCGCAAGAGAAUUGGGUAUAGAUUGGUGAUUCAUGAACCACCUUGUAGUCAUAAGUAUUUAUCGCCUCUAAGAAUGCUUACACCAUAGAUUUUGUUUUGUAAUCAGUGUUUUGAAUGUGACUGUCCUGAGCAUGAUCAAUAGGCACAAGAAAUGAUUGUGGAAAAAGCUCUUUGACAAUCAAUAUGCUGUUUGAAAAAGCUUUUGCAUUUCCACAGAAUUUGUUCAUAGAGACAUUUAAUCAAUCAUAACUAAUAAUUGUUACUACCUUUA